GCUGCGCGCGCGCGAAGGAGAGAAAGGCUUUUCCUUGUUCAAGCGAACGCGCGGGAUUAACGUGCGAGGAAAAAAAAAGGCGGGCAGCGGUGGCCGCCGGGAGUCUUGGUCGCGCGGGCCGCCUGAGCGAGUAUCGAGGCUGGACUCUGCUUGAAAGCAGACAAUGAAUUCAAGGAUGAAACAGAAACUGGAUGUUGAGAAGCCCCUUGCUACAAAGCAGGCUUCUACAAGCAAUAAAAAUUGCACAUCACAAAGACAGACCCUUAAGAUGAUACAGCCAUCUAUUACAGGUUGUCUUGUUGGAAGGGCAAAGGAGCAGGCCAAAUCUUCAAUCAAGAGAAAACUUUGGAGUGAUCAGCUUUCCUCAAAGGCUUCCAAACCAGAAGUUGCAAUUGAAACAGAAUACAAAACUGUAAAAGGAGUUCUUCAGGCUUCCGAUCUUACAGUAAAAGGCAAUCCUUCAUCUCUGUAUUGGAAGGAAUUGGCUGAGGAGAGGAGGAAAGCUCUGUAUGACGUGUUGCAAGAAAAUGAAAAGCUCCAUAAGGAAAUUGAAUUAAAAGAUGCUGAAAUUGCUUACCUAAAAGAAGAAAAUGAAGAGCUUGCCGAGCUUGCCAGCCAUGUACAAUAUAUGGCAAAUAUGAUUGAGCGACUAACUGGACAGGCACCAGAAAGUCUAGAGACACUGAAAAAUCUAGACCUGGAAGAAAUUGCAUAUGAGGAAAGUGAUUCUACUGAGGAGGAUUUAGAUGGAGAAACUGAAGGGGAACCUUCACAGCUCUCGAGGAAUUCUACAGAUCUGCUGACAAAUGAAACAAGUAAUCUCUGAAAGUAUUGGGCCUCUGAAAGGGAAAAGGAACUGCCCAUGUGUCAUGUCUGGGGUGGGGAAAUGUAGAAUCCUUUGAAAUCUAAAGAUUCACUUGAAAUUUCAGAGGGUUGGUUUUGCAGCGGUGGAAGCAUAAUGGAAGUGUUAGACUUCAUCUGGUUACUUGAUUAAAUGGGAAUACUAUGUAUUUCAAUUUGUAAAUAGUUUUUUAUUCAUGUAUGUGGAACUGCCAAAUAAACUUCUCUGCACAGAUAUUA